AUGGAGCAGCCACAAGUUAAGGAUGGCGCGACAACUACUGUGGAUGGAAGACCAAAGAAGGCUCAUAAGGAUGGAAGACCAUCCACACUCAGACGAACAAUAAGCACAAAGAUACAAUCAUUCGCCACACUAAGGAAGCAAUCCUCUUCAUCAACUUCACAGUCAGCCACCAACAAAGCUGGUCCACCACCAGUUGAGCAACAACCAGUCAACUCUCACUCGACACUCAAGCGCACUUAUGGUCGCUCCAAUACACUCCAGACAUCAAUGUCCUCCUACGACCUAUUUAGUGACCCGUCCUCACCUUCAACAAAUAACAACAAUACAUUGAAUAGACGUAGUAUCCGACUAACACAACAGAUGCGCCUGGAAGAGGUCACCAAGCUGUAUGCCCCACUGUCUGGAUCCGAGUACCUGUCCAGCUCGUCCACCGAUGAGAUGAUGUAUAUGCCACCACAGUCCAUGAAGCAGAUGCCCAGCAAGAUGCUGUUGUCGUCUUCUCAUACAAUGUCAUCUUCAUAUCUUGUGUCCUCCAGUGUCCAAUGCCCAUCGAUUUUUGCCGCUGCAAUGGAUAAGGACAAGGAGAAGGAGAAGGAUUCCCCCAUCAGCUCGCCCUCCAGUAGUCCAGUGUUGACGCCGGCCAAGAGUGUCAUGGCUUCAGUCCCACAACUCAAUCGUUUCAGCUUGUCGGCCUCACCAGUUCAGGUUCGCAAGUCGCCUCCACCAAUGACAAUGAUGGUUCGCGAUGAUUCAUUGGCGUCCACUCCAGUGUCUUCAUCACUCACUGGUGGCACUCAUCCAGACGAUCUUACAUUCAUCAAGUUUGGCGUCAUCAACAACUGUCAGUUCAUUUCCAAUCGAAUGGCUGAAUACCUCCAGAUCAUCAAGUCGCUACCAGACAUGUUCAUGCUGAGUCAUGAUAUAUUAUCGACAGAGUAUGAAUACCUGAUCAAGGACACCCGGACAAUUAUCAAUAUUUUGGAGCCAUUGAUGCAGCGUGGCCAUAGUGGUAGCUUCAUUGGACAGCAUCCAGCACAUGGUGUGGUGCUGACUGAGGCCAUCGUCCAAUCAAUCACAUCGAUCACACAAUGUAUUCAACGAGUGGAUAGCGAGUUGAAGCGAAGCAAUGUGUCGGAGAAGCGUGUCAACCUGCUCACAAUGUUCAUCACCGCUGUUAAAUACUACUUGGAGUCUGGCGAGGUCUUGGACGUGCCCAAGUCUAUCGACUUACAACUUGGCAACUCAACAGGUGAGCUUGAGACCAUCUCAGCAUCCAAAGACUACGACAAUGACUACAUUUACAAAUCAGGCUACCUUGUCAAAAAGGGUACCAAAGGUCCACUGAUCGUCUGGAAGAAUCAAUGGUUCGUCCUAACAGUUGACCGACUAUCAAUAUAUUCGAACGAGAGUAAGACAAAGUGUAAACCAAAGAAGGAGAUAAUGUUAAGCAAUAUAGUAUCGAUCGAGCCAACUACAAAGUAUGACAAUAAGAACUGUUAUAUUCUAAAGUUGAAGAGUCCAAAGUCAAAGCUGGUGAUCAAGGCAAAGACUGAAAAGGAAGGUGCUCAUUGGAUGUUGGCAAUCGACGGACUUCCGCGCAAGAACUUUGAGACCAAUCAAUCAUGCAUCAACCUCUACAUCAAGGACACACUACUCGAGACCAUCAGUAGCAACAUGUCCAACAACAGCGUAUCCAACACAGACCAACCCAUGUCGGGAGGAGUAAUCAGAUGUAGCAAGGGCGAGGAAUGGAUUUAUCGUGGGGAUGGCGAGUUGUACAACUCGGUCGACCUGGAUCACGGUGGAGCCAAGGCCAAACAAGUGCGCUACAAGUGGAACGGACAGCAGUUUGUCCCAUCAAAGGAGUGCAUGAAGAGCUAUGGCAAUGGAAAGUGGAAUGGUGUGCGUCUUGGCUGGUACUUCAACAACACGCUCACUCAGAAGUAUCUGUGGCGCCAAGAGUCCAACGAGUACAUCAACAACCAGAGCGACGCACUGUCCUACAUGUGGACAUCACCUCAAGCGCUGCAGUGCAAGCGAGGUGGUGCCUCACAGUGGUAUGUGGAGGGCAAUGUUCCACCAACCGUAGUCAUGUUCCUCCAGUGUCUUCGUCAAUGCCGAUUGUCACAUCUCCAAUAA